AUGCAGUGGCUGGACAGACGGCAUGGUAAGGUCACCUAUCGUUUGACACAGAUGCUCUCGGGGCACGGGUGCUUCGAGGAGUACCUGCAUCGAAUAGGGAAGAGGCCGACGGCACAAUGCCGCGCGUGCGACGCGGCUUCCGACUCGGCGCAGCACACGCUGGAAGAGUGUCCAGCGUGGGCGGAGGAGCGCCGGGUCUUAGUCGCGUCGAUCGGAGAAGACCUCUCCCUCCCGGCCGUUGUGCGGGUGAUGGUCGGGGGGAAGGAGAACUGGAAAGCGGUGGCCUUCUUCUGCGAGCAAGUAAUGCUGCAGAAGGAGGCUGACGAAAGAGAGUGGGAGCGAGCUCCAG